AUGCACGACGAAAUCUGGGAAGCCUUCCGAAACCCGUGGAUCUUGGUGACGUUCGCCGGGCUGCUCUCCUUCUGCGCCACUGGUAGUGCACAGGUCACGGAGGCCGUUCAGGUCGAAUUCAAGGCGUAUCGCCUUCAACAAGUCGAGGUACUAGGUACCUUUGUCGGGAGCAAGACCUCGAGGAUAUCUUUUGAAGGCGUUACUUUGGAUGGAAACUUUUUGAGACGGUGCAUCGUGGCUGAUUGGAGCGAACUGGUGGGCAGGGACUUGAACACCGUCCUCGGGUCCUCGGCUGGAGCUCUACUGGUUGUCGUCCCCUCCGAUUUUAGCAACUUGACGGCCGAAAAGUUGAAGUCAUUUUCAACUCUCGAGCAGUACUUCCUGAAUGCACGGACGGAACUCGGAGUCUAUGUUACGCCCAGGAACGAGAAUACUGAUCGUUUGCUUGAAGAAGCUGCCUCGAAGUCAGCAACGACCCAAUCUUCUGUCACCGCGACGCUGAUCUCCCCAUCCACGUUGCUUUCCACAGUCGGCAGCCCGUCUGCAAAUCCGUUGACCUAUCAGCCCAACAAUGUUGUGGCCCGACUAUUGAGCGGUGACCGAACGGCGCCGACUAUUGCCUUUGUCGCGCACUACGAUACGCACUCUGCCUUUCCGGGACUUGGAACUGGCACCGAUUCGAACGGAAGUGGCGUCGUCGCCCUCCUCGAACUGCUCGCCAUCCUGAAGAAGUUCUAUGAUCGCACAUCAACCCGGCCGAAAUAUAAUGUGGCCUUCAUCUGGACCGCCGCUGGCAAAUCAAACUUCCAAGGCGCACGGCAGGCCGCUGAAUCUUUCCUAUCAAAGGACGCUGAAAGCAAACUCGAAUUGGCCAUUUGUCUGGAAGGCCUGGGUGGAAAGGGCCCGCUGGUGAUGCACGUCGCCAAGAAUCCCACAGAGGGAUCGGCCUCCGAACGAUUUUUGAAGAAGCUGGGUGCCAUUGAGGAUGUCAAGGUGGUGUCAAAGAAGAUCAACAUGAACCAGCCAUUAUCAUGGGAACACGAAAAGUUCAACAUCAAGCGUCUAGCGUCGGCGACGAUUAGUCGUUUCUCUGGACCCGAUGUUCCGGUGCGACGAUCCCUGGUUGACAGCCAUCUUGACCGCGAACAGCUUUCCGGAGCCAUUUUGGCCCUGACAGAAGCGACACUCGCGUAUCUGCUCCAAAUUGAAGCGCCUACCGACAUUCCAAGCCAUGUGCGAGCCGAAUACAAAAUGAUAAGCAAAGACGAGGUCAGCCGGGAGCGGCUGGAUUUCUUUAUUGAGAAGUUAGCGCACACCCAGCGCUCGGUUGCUGACGAAGUAAAGACGAAGGAAAUUGCCGGCGCCAUCGCCUCAAUCGCCGGCGGCUACGCGAAGGUUUCCCAGCAGGCUGUGGUCUUAUCAGAAUCAUCCGUGUGGGGCGGAAUUCAAGACACGAUUGUGGCCGAGCGGAUCCGCCCGGCUGCUUUCGAGCUUUUUAUUCUGGCCGGGGUUUUCACCUAUUUGGCCAUGUUCUCACAGGUAACAAAUCACAUCCUUCCCUUCAUGGAGGGUGCCGUCAAGAAGUUGAAA